UAAAAUAAUUGAAAAAGAAAAUAAAACAGUUAUUGUUAGAUUCAAUUGUGUAUUAAACAGCUUUCGUUUUGGUAUAUUCAUUUUUAAGGAAAAAAGAUGACAAACAUUAACUUUAACAUUUUUAUUUCGCUCUGUAAAACUAAUGUAAUGGUUUAUUUUAAUAAAUAGUCUUCUUGUGCAAUUGCAGGAAGUUGCGGGAAAGACUCAGCAGCGCCCCCUGUGUCUGUAUUACAGAAGAUCCUGUCGCUAAGGCGAGGUCACGGGCGGAGGAGAAAGCACAGCGCCACCCGGUGAGUCUGCUUGGGAAAGCAAUGUCUGAGUGGGAGUGGGAGGAUUUUUUUUAGUAAAAACAAACACAUCUAGAAUCCCGGCAGGAUUCGGGAUUAUUUCCGUUACCGUCCCGGUUAGUUCACUCUGCACGAGGACAAGGAAAGAAGUGUGUUUUACGGGGUCAAAGUGACUGGACAUCGCGGUCAGCAGUCUGCUGUAACCGGACUGGGCAGGAACAGUGGGCAGACUGGGCUGUCCGCGAGAGAUGUGAUGGCGUAAAGCAGCCGGAAACUGUUAUCUGGUUAACAUGGAAUAAUAAAAGGCUGUUUAGUUUUCGAAAACCUAGUGCAUUUUACCGUUGCUUUUUUUAACAGCCAGCUCGUGUCACUAGCUAGCUAGCUAGCAUUAGCCACACGGUCUCUCUUCUCAGGGCCCGUUUGUGUUUUCAGAUAUUGAUUCAGGGAAAAUCAAGGAUCAUGGAUUUCCCAGGCCACUUUGAACAGAUUUUCCAGCAGUUAAAUUACCAGCGAGUCCACGGCCAGCUGUGUGACUGUGUCAUUGUGGUGGGGAGUCGGCACUUCAAGGCCCACCGCUCAGUACUCGCGGCAUGCAGCACACACUUUAGAGCCCUGUUUACUGUAGCAGAAGGAGAUGCGAGCAUGAAUAUGAUCCAGCUGGACAGUGAGGUGGUGACAGCUGAAGCUUUUGCUGCUCUGGUGGACAUGAUGUACACCUCUACACUGAUGCUGGGGGAGAGCAACGUCAUGGACAUUCUUCUAGCGGCGUCCCACCUACACCUCAACAACGUGGUCAAAGCCUGCAAACACUACCUGACCACACGUACACUGCCAAUGUCUCCCUCUUCUGACAGACCAACGCACCACCAACCUCAGCAGGACCAGCAGAGACGCAGGCAGCAACAGCAGCAAUUAGCAGAUUUAGCUGUAAACCCUGGUCUCGCAGCCAACGCUAACCAUGCAGCAAACGCUGCCGAAUCGAAGCUGCACCGCUCCUUUCUGCUGCAGCAGCUGGGGCUCAGUCUGGUGAGCUCUGCUUUGGGUGGGAUGGAGGAAGAUGGGGUGGGAAAUAUGGUUAGCAACAGAGAUGUGGGACAGAGGCCCUCUUUCCCGAUCCGACGCUUCCACAAACGCAAACCCUCUCUGGGCCUGAGUUUGACAGACGAGAGACCCAGGCAGAGACAGCGCUCUUCAGCCCCCGAGCUGGGUUUGUUAGGUGAGGGAGGGGUAAAUACAGGACAGGAGGAAGAUGCACUUUUGUCCCCAGACUCCCACAAGAUGGGGGACGAAUCAAAAUUGGACGCAAUCUCUGGUUUAGUAGGGGUUUCCCAAGAUGAUUCACAGAUGCCCAGCCAGUCAGAUGGUGGACAUUGUGAGGGGGGAGACCUGGGGAGAAUGCAGGGUGGUGUAAGCAAAGAAGAAGACAUAGAUGACCAGGAGCACCAGGACAACAGGUCAGAGGUGAAGAUUAAAUCUGGGACAGAAGAAGAGGAGAUGGAAGAGCAGAAGGUGAUGGUGAAACGAGAGCCACUCAGCUCCCCUGAACCCACAGAUGAAAUCAGCGAUGUGACAUCACAGGCCGAGGGCAGUGACCCGGCAGAGCCUGGAUGUCAGGAAGAAGAGGAAAAGGUGGAGCUGAGUCCAGAGAGCAGUGACCGCAGCUUCACCUCUGAACCCCAGCCCAGCUCUGACUCUCUGCUACAGCCAAACUCCCAGCUCCUUAUCAAGUCCAACAUAGGAGGAGGAGUAGGAGCAGCGUUUGGAUGCAGCAGUGGAUUAAACAGCAAACCUGGUUUUAGUAUUUCUAGCUUUCUUAACCCUAAAGAUUAUGGAAGCAGUGGGCCAGGGGCUGGUGGAGGGGAAGACGAUCUCCCAAACACAACCACUGGGGAAGCAGUUGCGCAUCACUUUCUGCUAAGACAUGAAGCUGCUGGUCCGUCCGGCUGCGCUCCGUCUAUUCUGCAGUCAGGUUCACUCAGCAAUGAGAGUCGUAGCAGCUUUGGGGACAACUUGCAGCCUGAUUCGUUGUUUCUUCAUCCCAUUCACAACAGCUUGGGAGGCCCAAGAGGAAGUGGAGGAAAUGUGAGCGGAGUACGUGGAGGAGUAGAUCCCUUCAGUUUGGACUUCCAGCGAUCCAAUCUAGGGCUUCACUCUUUGGGACGCCCCCCACGUGGCGCAGGAGGAGCUGCCUCUGCCUCUCUGGCCUACCCAGGCUACAGACGUAUAGCUCCAAAAAUGACUAUAGGUGGAGAAGGAGGAGGCGUCGUCGGUGUUAACCAGGAUUCUGCCUCUUCCUCCUCGAGUCUGGCAAGUCCUCUGCUUCUCAACGAGAGUGGAGGGUAUGAGAUGAACAGUGGUAGGCCCACCUCCCUUCCUCCUCAACUCACCAGAGCUUCUGCAGAUGUCCUGUCCAAGUGCAAGAAGGCUCUGUCGGAGCACAACGUCCUUGUAGUGGAGGGGGCAAGAAAGUACGCCUGCAAAAUCUGCUGCAAAACUUUCCUCACGCUGACUGACUGCAAGAAACACAUCCGUGUCCACACGGGAGAAAAACCCUACGCCUGUCUCAAGUGUGGGAAACGUUUCAGCCAGUCGUCCCAUUUAUACAAGCAUUCCAAGACCACCUGUCUGCGCUGGCAAAACAACAAUAUAUCCAAUCCUUUGCUGUAGGACUGAGGCAGCUGCAAUUAGAUGAGAGAUUUGGGCUCUUUUUAAAAAUUCCUGUAUUAUUUCAACUCAGUUUGUUCUUUACAUUUGCAUCACCCUGCUCUCAGAUAAAAACCGUUGUUAAAACUUGAAUGGGAGAGAAAAAAAAACAAAAUUACAAAAGAAUCCAGUAUUGAUCAUAGACCAAAGACAGGGAUGACGAUGUAAUCAUACAUUUUUACUUAAGAUGAAAUUGAUUUUGUCAAACUAAUGUAAAUACUUACAGCAUUUAUAAAUGUAAGCAUUAUUUCACUAGUGUACUGACAGAUUAGAAGUUCUUUCCUUAAGAAUUACUGGGAAAGUAUCAUGAGAUUCUCCAUCAGUGUCAAACUAUAGACUUGGUUCAUCUAUGCCUGGCUGUUAAAGCUGCAACACUAAUGGAAUUUUACUGUUUAAACUCCCUCCCUUGUCCCCCCCAUGAUGGGCUGGUGACCCGUCCAGUACACGAACGAGGACCAAUCCCCUUGUUUUUAAAUGAUCAUGUGAUGCUCAUACCUUUUUUUUGUUUACACUCAAUUAGCUCAUAGGUAGCCGUACAACACAUAUGCUAGGUUAAAUAUUACAUAUAUAAUGUUAAAGAAUGCACUCAUGUCUCAAACACACUACGUGUCUUAAACAUGUAGCAUCAUACUGCAGAGCAUUUGUAUUCUCUUCUGCCCUGGUGCACUGGAGUACACCGUCUACAUGAUAUAGGUCUAUACUUACAACCACUGUCUGUUUAACAUACUUUAGUGUUUUUGUACAAAAGCGUAGAAUGAGUCAUGCCAAGGUUGGGGUACUAGACUUUCUCAUCAGCGGCAGCCCAAAGCAUGCAGGAGGAGAAAAGAAGCUAACAGAUUGAUAAUUGGUAUCAGCAGAUAGUCCAAGUCUCAGUAUUGGUAUUGGACGUGAAAAGGUUGUAUCAACCCAUCCCUACUAAAAACACUCUACAACUGUAGGAUCCUACCUAAAAAAAACUAAUAAUAUGCAGUGUGCUCUUAGUGUUAUGUAAUUCAUGUAAAAUUGCAUAGACUCAUGAGUGACAUGAAACUCAAUAAAUGACAUUAAAAAUGUCAAAAGUGUUAUUGCGGAUACAUAUAAUGUAUGACGUUUAAUGCCUGAACCGCCCCUUUAAUUUAUUUUUAUAAAGGUUUAAUUCAAUUCAAAGUAGUUGUACAGUUUCUCUGGGUACUCUGGCUUAAAAACCUGCAGAUAAAGUAUUAGGUUUACUGCGAUGGAGUGGUGAACUGUCCACUCCAUUGAAUAAGUGCUGGGAUUGGAUCCAGCUGUUUCCAUGACCCCUAAUAGGAUUAAGAGAUAGAGGAUGAAUGAAUGAACAUAGUUUUCAAUGAAUCAGUGACUAAUUGUCAAAAACAAUACGUGCUUGUAAAGUGGGCCUCUCUGUUUCUGUUCCAUUAAUACAGGAUGUGCUGUACAUGGACCUUACGUAGUUUCAUAACAUGAACGUAGCUUGAAGUGACCAUGUACUUGUGUGUGCAUAUUUGCUGUCAUCUAAGGUACGGAAAAGAACGUACGCUGAACCUCACUUGCGUUGAAGUGCAAGGAAGGAACUGUAAAUACUGCAUAUCUGGUGUUGUUAGUUUCAUAUCAUUUCUCUUUCAGAAGAGACAAAAAAAAACUAAUGGGACAGUGAAAAAAAAAGAAAUACACUGUGCAUAUGUUUAUGACUGUACUUGAUUUCAAUGCUUCUACAUUUUUAGUCUUUUUAGAGCCAGUUUGGUUUGUUACUAAUCACUUCAGCAAAUAGGCUUUUUGUAACCAGUUUCUGAAGUGCAGAAAUCUUACUGAAACAUUCUAACUUUGUAAAAGCUGAAUUCUAAUGGAACUACUCAACCACUUUGACAUACAAUUAGAAAGUAAAGAUUCUAAGCCGGUGGAUGUUGGAUGGACAAACUUGAAUAUUACAAAUAGUUCAGAUGGACUUUGAGCAGAAAUUCUAACCCUUACAGCAUGGGUGUCAAACUCAAGGCCCGUGGGACACUUUCGAUUCAUAAACCAUCCCCCUAUGCGGCCUGUAACUAGAUUUCAGUAUAAUGUAAGAGACUCCCUUGCUGUUAGUUUUUUUUGGCCCUUCAAUGAGAUGGCAGGGGCAACAGGGGCCCAUAGCUCUUAUGAGUUUGUGAAUAAAGUAUCAUUUCAAGGUUUUAUUGAAUAAAACUGAAACGAUUGUCCAACUCUAGUA